UCGGGCGGCUGGGGGGAACCUCUCCGCGGCUCGAUCCGUGCUGGCGGGGCGCGAAGGCGGCCGGGCUUGGCCGUCUCCUCCUCCGGAGAGCGCAAAGCGAAGGCGGGGGAAAAACGGGCAGCCGCUGCCUGAGAAAGCCAAGUAAGAAGGGGAAGAGAAGGUCCCCGCCAGGCAGGCAGGCAGGCAGGGCGAGGAUCCGCCACCCGGAAUACCUCGCGCAGAUUUCCGUGCGUCGGGGGUGGAGAGGGAGCGCGGGGCGCGUCGUAGGAGGAAGAAAGAGGGAAGUAGGCGAGGGCCUCGGCGUCUUCCCGGGGAAGGGAAGGCUCGCCCGCCGUCUCGGUCCCCGGUCGCCGAAGAAAAGAGACCGGACUCCAGCGGUAGCCCUGGCGCGGCGGACAAGGUCGGCGAGCGCUGCCCCGCCUCGCUCGGUCCCGCUUCCCUGGCUCCGGGGGGGACGCGCGUCGAAGACGCUCAAACGCGUGUCGGCGUUCAGGGCAGCUUCUUAGUUACGCUCCUAAAAAAGAGCGGGGGGGACAUCUCUUCUCCGUCCUCCUCCUCCCCCGCUCCGGUCGCCUCUUGCCUGGCUCAGUUUCUUCGCCGUCCCCAGGCCCCUCCUGCUAAUCCUGUCUCUCGCGAUUCAGGUUUGAAAGUAGAUGAAACGACACAGCAAGUGGGGCAGAGCUCGAUUCCGGUGUGACUUGGGACCAGCACACCGUUGCAAGCUUCUCCUGUGCCUGACCAUUGGCAAGGGAAGCCAGAUGUUGAUGAUUAACAGCUGAGACUCGUUGGUUGAUAUGGCAGGCUGGUUCAAGGCAUUGCUGCAGAAACCGAGGAAAAGUCCAGACCCCUCAAGACACUUGGACAGUGCCUCUGUGUAUCUGCCAUCAUCCCCUUCCCCUCCCUUGCAGAGAAAUUCUGGCUCUCUUCCUCGCAGCUUGACCAACAGCCCCAAACUGGUGACCGCCACCUCCCGAAUCGUAAGCAGUUCUGACAGCGCCCGAUGGAGCAAGUUGUAUGAUGUGUGCAUCUGUCACAAUGAGGGUGACCUUGAGUUUGUGGAGGAGCUGGUUGCCUACUUGGAGAACCAGCCUGAACGUUUCCGUUGCUUUCUUCAGCUGCGGGACUCUGUUCCAGGCGGUGCUGUUGUGACGGAGCUGUGCAACGCUGUCCAGAACAGCCACUGCUGGGUGCUGUUGAUCACACCCAACUUCCUCAAGGAUCCCUGGUGCUGCUACCAGAUGCACCAUGCCUUGACCGAGGCACCCAUGGCAAACGGGCGCACCAUCCCUGUGCUGAAGGAUAUAGACCGCAGGGACUAUCCCAGGGAACUCCGAUGCAUUUAUUACAUCAGCGUGGUGCUCCAGGAGAACAGCUUCCGACAAAUCAGAGAGACUAUAAUGCGUUAUCUCCAAGACCUCUGUCAAAACACAAGAAGCAAAGACUAACUGCGCUUUUGGAUGGGAAAAAAAAAAGAUACUUGGUUACAGUAAAUGUAGGGUCAAAGGAAUGUCUUUCAGCGCAUGGGACUGGAGAAGGAGUCUUUAUGGCGAAGGCUUCCUCUCCCACUGAAGUUGGCUUGAUUCGCCACUCGAAGGACAGAUUCCAUUUGGUGCUGAGGUUUACAUGUCUGUGUUUGGGGAUGGAAACUCUGAUUUGCUAUAUUUUGGAGAUGCGUUAUGCUUUAAUUAUCCUGUUUGCCUUUUGAGGUAGACCUGGUCAAGAAACAAGCACUGCAGGGAUUCCAGGAAUGCAACUGUUCCUGGAACAAGAGAAUAAAGUCCUUCUGAAACCUUCACUGCUCCUUUUUAAGGACAAGAAAAUCAAGGCAGGGCUGUUUUGAGUCUGUCAUGUUUUCUACUUUCCCGGAACUGAGCGACUGUUUUGCCUCUCCCUCCUUCUCCUUCUCCCUCCUUCUCAAAGCCAGAGCUAAAUUCCAUUACACUAACAAUUCUGAUGAUAUCUGGUGGCACUAAUGACGUAAUGAGAAGCAAAAGUUGUAACAAGGAGUUGCAGUAAGUGCUUGUGUUCAUGGGCCAGCCAGUUGUGUCCAUUUCUGUAAUGCCCCAUUUCCUUUCCUUCCCAUGUAUUUUGGCAUUUCCCUGCAUUCCUAACAGUUGGUCAGCACGCUGUGGCUGUGUACAUUUAGCCACAUUCAGCUGGUUUCCAGUUUUCUCCACCCAUAGAGGCCCCCCCUUUUUUUAUUUUGAGGUCCUCCAAGCCUGCUGCUACCUUCUUGAAUAUAAAGUUCUCCUCUCAGAACAUCAGGCACAGUGAAUUCGAGACUUCUGAGCAUCAUUGUAUUGCAUGGCUGGAGAUGACUACAGAAGGUUUCUGCAACAUCUGGGACUUUAUACGUAUGUAUCCGAAUUACAUCCAGAGAUUAUAGCUUUAAUAAAAUGGCAGUAUUAAGUUAAAAAACAAAAAACAGUAUAAUACCGCCUUAAGUUUGUAGACAUGAUUGGCUUUACCUUUAAAAGUUCUUGGCAGUACAAAAUUAUUAGUUUGAGAAAAUCCAAAUUCUAUCAUUUACACCCCCAUGAACUGUCUGUCAGGUAACAAGAAUGCUGUUCUGGUUGAGAUUUUGUUUCCAUGUUUGUAUGAUUUACAAGAGUUGUAUGUGAUUGAAUUUGCACAUUGUGUUAACCGAAGUAUUUGAUAUUUUUGGUUUAGAUGUGUGAAUCCAGCCUUUUUGGUUCUCUGCAAAGUCAGCUAACCGUAGUUUAUUCAACAAAGAUUAACUAACUUGUGUUGAUGCAGCGGGGGAUUAAUUUAAUCCUGGGUCAUCCAAUGUUAGUAUUACCUUGAAUUGUUGUUGGAAGUACAGUGUUAGCCAAUGAUCCUUCUAGGAGUGGUAUGUGUAAUUUGAAAUAAAAAGAAUUUUUGAGAUUUCUUUCUAAAUUGUGGCUGCAAUCCCCAUGAUUGAUGUAAGCCUGAGUCCUGGAUUGUAUCUGGAAUGUAGUAGACUUCACCUGCAAUGUUUGGAAUAAUAGUUGUGACUUAUAAUGGCCUAUUUAUUAUUUAUUUAUUAUUAAAUUUGUAUGUCGCCCAUCUCCCCCCAAUGGGUGACUCUGGGUGGCUCACAAUUAAAAUCAGAAACCCCAUUGACAAUUAAAAAUUCCCCCAUAAACAGUUAAAUAAAUAAUCCAUUAAAA